GAUGCGACGCGCAUGACCUCGGCGGGUUGCUUGGCUGAAAUGUGUGCCUUCUUGACGGACGAAGAACUCGGCGGCAUCCUCCAGAAUCAUCUCCUAGCGGAUGUCUCCGGCAUUGACUGGAUGGUGAGGCACGGACGCAGCCUGGCCCUCUCGGUCGCGGUGAAUACGGCGGCCAGCAGGCUGUGCGCCCCCAAAUAUUCGAACAGCGUCCAUGAGAUGAUCUUCAGCAACACGGUCGCUGACCGGAUCCCCAUUGCGGUCAGCGGCAUCCGAGGAAUGGGCUUCCUUAUGAAGCAUCACAUAGAAGCCAACGACGGGAACCUGCCCCCGAAGCUCUCCAAUCUCUUCAUCAAG